GGUGCCCCGCCUCCUUCCAGCAAUCCUUUUCCUCGCGAUACGAUGUCGUCUCUCUUCAAUUGGACGCGUCUCGUGCGCAUUACACGUGUAGAUACAGUUGCCCGUUUGUCCAUGUUUAGUGUAAGUCGAUCUAGACUUUGUACGCAAGCAUCUUCAGGUCAACCUGCUAAGAAACGAGGUUUGCUUGCUUGGUAUAACGGCUGGUUAGAGAAGUCUCCAGUGUUGACAAAGUCAAUCACAAGCGGAGUUUUGUUUGGCUUGGGAGACGUCAUUGCUCAGUUCGCUAGUGGAGGCCUUCAAACUCAAUUUGAUGGUGCUAGAUGCCUCCGUGCUUCUGCAUUUGGUUGUUUCCUGCUUGGACCACUGGCACAUCUUCACUUCAACUUUCUCGAGUGGCUCGUUGUGCGCAGGCUGGCCGUAAGUACACGAGUGAUGCCAUUCGCAAAGAUGUUCAUCGAACAAUUCACAUACUGGGCGCCCGGCAUCAACGUUAUCUACCAUUUCAGCCUUGGAAUGAUGGAAGGCAAGGGAAUCGAUGGUUCCAUACAAAGAGUAAAAGACAAGAUCAUCCCAACAAUGAAAGCAAACUACAUGCUCUGGCCUGCAGUACAGAUUAUUAACUUCAAGUUCGUUCCUGUUGCUCACCAAUUGAAUUUAAUUCUGAUUGUCAGUCUGGGAUGGGCUGCUUUCCUCAGCCGACUGUCUGCUGCAGACGACGCAAACGAGACACCCGAUGAACAACAAUAAGACCCA